AUGGAAUUAACCCCUUUUUGUCAACAUCAAAUAAUCACUAACUCUGUUGAAGAACAUGGUGUGGAUUUUGGUAAAGCCAUUCAAGUACCUUUUAUUUCUCAAUGCCCAACAGAAUAUCAAAAACUCAGUCUACCAAAUUCGGAAACAUUCGCUUAUCGGUUCACACACCACCAGGCCAACACAUGCAGCACCAGUUCGUUCAAAAGUAGUGAGAGAAUAGAAAAAGAAGCUUUGCUAAAAAAUGUACAAUUCCAAUUGGAAAUUUUGGUGUUUUCUGUUUGCAUGAUUACAAGAAGGAGGAGAAAGAGGAACAUGAGUUUUGUAGACGUGGUGCAAGGAAAGAAGGUCGAACAUAAUGAUAAUAAUGGCGUGAAAGUGCGGUACGUGAUGGACUUAUUGAACGAAAAUAAUGAAAUUUUCAAAUGCUUUGAAGUCGAAUGCGAGAGGAAGGUGCAGCAACUUGAUUCAAGUUAUUUGGAGAUCGCAUGUGAAACAUACGGUGGUUUUGUAGAUAUUGUUUCUUCUGGUCGUUGCUUGCAACAAAUGGUAAAUCAUCUCAAAACAUUUUUACUUUUUGGGUUCUUUUCUAAGCUUGAAAUAAGGAAAAAAAACAAACACAGCGCCAACAGCGCGCAUGAUUCCCCUCUGAUCUCCAACGUUUCAGAUCUGUUGAAGCACGAGAAAAACUCUUCGAUCUGCUUCGUCGGAAUAACAGAUGUGACGGAGUAUGAAGCUCUUUGUCGCCUCCAGAUGUCCGGCCACCUCCAGAUCUACUUCUUUAUUCAAACAACCACCGGAGACUGCCUUUAUCUUCAUUUACACCAGACUAAUUCAGAUCUGAUGUAG